AUGUCGUCAAAUCAAUUCACUGUGGCGUCGCCACCUACGGAUGCUAUCUCCGCUUUAAAGUUCUCGCCAGACCCUAACUCGACGCGGAUCGUCGUUUCGUCAUGGGACAAGAACGUUUAUCUGUACGAUCUCCGAGACGAGAACGGCGUUGUGGGUGGAGGGAAGCUACUGCAAAAGUUUGAGCACCGUGCUCCAGUACUGGAUGUCUGUUUCGGCGAGAAUGAGAAUGAGAUCUAUACCGCGGGUUUGGAUUGGGAUGUGCGCAAGAUCGACCUAAACACUUCGGAACAGACAGUCAUGAGCAGCCACGAAGCCGGCGUGCGCAACGUUGUCUACAGCCGCGAACACAACCUCAUCAUCUCCGGCUCUUGGGACUCAACCCUCCAUGUGCACCGCCCCGACGCCGGAACGAACACUCAGUCCAUCCCGUCUAUUAUCCCACUCCCCUCAAAGCCCUUCUCUCUAUCUCUCACGCCCACCAAGUUGGUGGUGGCCAUGGCAUCGCGCGCCCUGCACAUCUACGACCUGAAGGCAUUGGCCCUUCUCACCGCACAGGCCGACAGCGACACCGCCAACGGCAACAAAGUGGAGCUCGAGCCCUGGCAACGGCGCGAGAGCAGUCUGAAGUUUAUGACGCGCUGUGUCGCCUGCAUGCCCGACGAUGCCGGUUACGCUUCGUCCAGUAUCGAGGGCCGUGUAGCGGUCGAAUGGUUCGACCCCUCUCCCGAGUCGCAAGCCCGCAAGUACGCAUUCAAGUGCCACCGCCAAACCGCCGAGGACGGCGUCGAUGUCGUCUACCCGGUUAAUGCACUCGCCUUCCAUCCUAUUUUCGGCACAUUUGCUUCCGGCGGAGGUGAUGGCGUCGUUGCACUGUGGGAUGGUAUCUCCAAGCGCCGUAUCCGCCAGUACCAGAAGUAUCCGUCUAGUGUGGCUGCUCUUGGGUUCAGCGGGAAUGGCAAGUAUCUGGCUAUUGCGAUCAGUCCUGGCUUUGAGGAUGGUAAAGAUGAUGUUCCCGAGGGAGUCGUUAAGAUUAUCGUGAAGGAGCUGGGCGAGACGGAAGCCAAGGCCAAGGGAGCGAAAUAG